UUCUUCUUUUUGUUUGCUUAUGUUUUCUUGAGAUCUUAGUUACAUGAUAACAAAAAUUAAAGGAAGUCUUUGUACAAUAUUAAUAUAAACUGUGAAAAAUAAACAUUAGAUCUAAAAUUAAUUUUUCCUGAAGGAUCGACACUCUAUGUAAAAUUUAAAUGUUCUUAAUCAUAGAUGAAAGUAUCACGUAAACAUUAGAUUCGUUUAAAAUUAUAAUACUGUAUUUAUUUAUUUAUUCGUAAAUAAAAUGCCGAAGGUACGAAGAAGUAAAAAAUCUCCACCUGAUGGUUGGGAAUUAAUUGAACCAACAUUAGAAGAGCUGGAACAAAAGAUGCGCGAAGCCGAAACAGAGCCACACGAAGGUAAACGUAAACAGGAAUCUUUAUGGCCGAUAUUUAAAAUACAUCAUCAAAAAUCACGAUACAUAUAUGAUCUAUUUUAUAGACGAAAAGCUAUAAGUCGCGAAUUAUACGACUACUGUUUGAAUGAAAACAUAGCGGACCAAAAUCUCAUAGCAAAAUGGAAAAAAGUUGGAUAUGAGAACUUGUGUUGUUUGCGUUGUAUACAAACAAGAGAUACAAAUUUCGGUACAAAUUGUAUUUGUCGUGUACCAAAAGGCAAAUUAGAAGAAGGGAGAAUAGUGGAAUGUAUACAUUGUGGUUGUAGAGGAUGUUCUGGUUGAUAUGUAAUUUUAUUAAUUAAAAUAUAACAUAUACAUAAAGUUAUAAUAAUAAUAAUAAUAAUAA